UCGGCGGAAGGUUCCCAGGGAGGACUGGCGAAGGCGGUGGCAGGGCCAAGAUGGCGGCGCCCUGUGGGCUGGGAGAGAACUGAGUGGUAAACAGCGGCGGGGAGGCGGAGGAAGGGGCCCGGCCGGCCAGGGAAGGAGGGCGCGGUUCUGCAAUCAUGGAAAAGGUCAGAUUGAUGGCAGUGAGAAAAGAGAUCCUCCUUGUCAACACAACAGUUUGACAGGAGUACCAAUGAGGAACCCACAGAAGUUGUGCCUUGCACGAUCACCAUAGCAUGCACGUCAGCACAUAGUACGAAGCACGAUGGCUCAGCAAGCAAACAUUGGUGAUCUCCUCACCAUGCUGGAUUCUCCAGUCCUGGCUGUCUUGGAAGAUAUAACGGCUGCAUUUAGGGAGAACCUAAAUUCAGACCGUGGGCCUAUGCUCGUAAAUACUUUGGUGGAUUACUAUUUGGAAACCAGUUCCCCGCAAGCCUUGCACAUCCUGUCUACACUUCAGGAGCCACAUGACAAGCACCUUCUUGACAAAAUCAAUGAAUAUAUGAGUAAACCUACAACCCGCCUCUCCACUCUCUCCCUACUUGGUCAUGUGAUCAGACGCCAGCCAUCAUGGAAACACAAGCUUUCUCAAGCACCAGUCCUGCUUUCAUUGCUCAAAUGUCUCAAGACUGAUACAGAUGUAGUGGUCCUUACUACAGGUGUGCUAGUGUUAAUCACCUUGCUGCCCAUGAUCCCCCAGUCUGGGAAGCAAUACCUUCAUGACUUCUUUGGCAUCUUUGGCCGCCUUUCCUCCUGGUACUUGAAGAACCCAGGCCGUGUUGCAGACAUCUGUCUAGUCCAUCUCCAUGCCAGUGUCUAUGCCCUCUUCCAUCGCCUUUACGGAAUGUACCCUUGCAACUUUGUUUCCUUUCUGCGAUCUCACUACAGUAUGAAGGAGAACCUGGAGACCUUUGAAGAGGUGGUCAAGCCAAUGAUGGGCUAUGUGCGUAUCCAUCCAGAGCUAGUGACUGGAUCCAAGGAUCAUGAGCUGGACCCUCGGAGGUGGAAGAGAUUAGAGACGCAUGAUGUGGUGAUUGAAUGUGCCAAAAUCUCCCUGGACCCAGCAGAAUCAUCGUAUGAAGAUGGCUACUCUUCAGUCUCCCAGCAGGCUGGCUUGCACAUGCAGCAUCGCCCAGCUGAUCCUGAUGCCAGCCCCUACUUUUCUUCACAUAGUAGCUUAGGCGCCUCAACAUCUACCCCAUGCCCGGCUUCUCGCCUAGCACUAUCACAUAUGUCGGGGCAGCUACCUCAGAUUUUGAACUCCCAGUCCUUGGGUCUGUCAGUUGAGCAUCAGCAGGUGACCUUCUGGAGCCCCUCUGCUGUUUGUGGCAUGACCACUCCCCCCACCUCCCCUGGAAUGGCUGUGGAGUCUUCACAGAAUCCCUCCCAACCUUUCAACAAAUUCUUUGGCACACCGGCAGUUGGGAAAGGAACCCCUCUAGGAACACCUGCCACCUCUCCCCCUCCAUCGUGCAUUUCAGAUGAAUUCGUUCAGGGAUCAGUUCCUCUAACUACGGCUGCACCUCCCAAGAAGGAGGAAAGAACAGAUCCUGGGAGGCCUUCAUUAUCCCGACAGCAAAAUGUUAACAACAUGAGAACUUUGGACUCCCAUGGCAGUAAAAGUUCGGUAACUUUAAGUGAUCUUCCCAGCAUCUUAGGUGAUCUGGAGGCCUCUUUUGAAGACAGUGGCGAGAAGGACCGAGAGGAAGAUGCCAUAUCAAAAGAGAUCUCUGAGAUCACCACAGCAGAUGCUGAGCCUGUGGUGCCUCGGGGAGGUUUUGACUCUCCAUUUUUUCAAUGGAGUGAGAGUCUCUCCAGCUCAAAGAAGUCCCAAUCAGCCACUUCAAGCAACUCUGGGCAGAUUCUGAAUUCGGAGCCCUUGCCAUCAUCAUUUCUGGACCCAUCUGGGCUGGAGAGCAACUCACAGGAUGCCCUGAAGCAAACCUUCACCCCCAUAGAUCGACCCUGCUGCAACUCCGAGGAUCCUUCAGCUGGGUGCAGGGAAAACCCAAUGCUACUGGAGCCUGGCAUUCUCACUCCUAGCCCUUGCAAGGCUGUAGCCCACAAGAUAGAAGGGUUUGGGUGCAGGCAGCCAGCAGAUUAUGAACAUCUCUUUGAAGUGGCUCUUCCAAAGACUGCCUACCUUUUUGUGAGUAAGAAGACAGAAGAGCUACUGAAGAAAGUCAAGGGAGUGCAGGAUGAAGAGGGCUCUUCCCACACCUCCCCACUGGAAGUGCUUGAUCGCCUUAUUCAGUGUGGAGCAGAUGCCCACAGCAAAGAGCUGAACAAGUUGCCUUUGCCAAGUAAAUCAGCUGACUGGACUCACUUUGGAGGUUCUCCUCCUUCAGAUGAAAUCCACACGCUCCGAAACCAGCUGCAGCUACUGCAUAACCAACUCUUGUAUGAACGCUUCCAAAGGCAGCAGCAUGCUCUCCGGAACCGGCGCCUGCUGCGGAAGGUCAUCAAGGCUGCAGCCCUGGAAGAGCACAAUGCUGCGAUGAAAGACCAGCUGCGGCUCCAGGAAAAGGACAUCCAGUCCCUGAAGCUCAGCCUGCAGAAGGAGCAGGCCCAAAGCCGCAAGUUUCAGGAGGAGCAUGACAGUGUGGUGGCCCAGCUCCACAGCCAGCUCCGCCAGUUGCAGCAGGAACGGGAGGAGUACUACAACCAGAGCCAGGAGCUGCAGACCAAACUGGAGGACUGUCACACCAUCAUUGUAGAUCUACAACUGGAGCUCAAGAAGGCCAGCAACAAGGUGUGCCACACGGAACUGCUGUUGAGCCAGGUGUCUCAGAAGCUUUCCAACAGCGAAUCAGUCCAGCAGCAGAUGGAGUUCUUGAACAGGCAGCUGCUGGUCCUUGGGGAGGUGAACGAGUUGUACCUGGAGCAGCUUCAGCACAAGCAUGCCGACACCACAAAGGAAAGAGAAGUUAUGCAGACUGCCUUCCGGAAAGAGCUGGAGAGAGCCAAGUGCUGUGUCUACCAGCAAGGUCAGCAGCUGGAGGCAUCUCAGAAACGGAUCACGGAACUGGAAGUUCAGCUUUCCAAACGAGACCACCUCCUGCUGGAACAGAAGAAAUACUUGGAGGAUGUGAAAGUCAAAGCCAGGGGCCAGCUUCAAGCCGUUGAGAGCCGGUAUCAGGCACAGAAGAAGAUCACACAGGCAUUUGAGCUGGAGGUCUUAGAUCUGUAUGGUCGCCUGGAGAACUCUAGAUUGCUGAAAAAAUGUGAAGAUGACAAAUUGGAACGACCAGAGGAAAGGCUGAGUAGCACAAACAAAGGCCACACAGACCCUCUCAUAGGACACAGUGAAGAAGAUGUCAUUGACUGGAAUGGCGAGACCAAACCACCUAGUUCCUGGGGUGGUGGCACCGGCAGCAGCAAAGUGUCCACGCUUGAGAAGUCCUCCAGUCAGAGAGGCGGCCAGUUCAGUGGUGUUGGCGGAGGCAGCAGGAGGGCUCAGCUGGUGGUGGGCUCCUGCCCCAGCUCAGGGAGCUUCCUGGGGAUUAAGACACGGGAGCUGCUCCACCCCAAGAGUGAAGGCCAGUCGGAGGAAGAGGAUGGGGUGAUAGCCCACAGCAGCCUCUGCAGCACUUUAAAGAGUGAACUGUGCAAAGACCCCAGUGUGGAAGCCCCAUCCCCACUCCUCCCCCACCCCCACCCCCUGGAAGACCCGUCCCCUGCCCCCCCAAAUCAGGAAGGUGGUGGCGUGGGGCAGCUUCAUAUCAUGGACUAUGACGAAGCCCACCACCAUACCCAGAGCUAGAUGGGAGGAGAGCCCUUCAGCAUUGCCUUUCAUAUUUGUGGCAUGGGAUGGAGGGGACUGCUUUAACUAAAAGCUCUCACGUUUUGGGUUGGAAACAGGAAGAGGAUUGCCUUUGGACUUUGGCUGAAUGAAAGGAAAGUGGCUUUUCAGGUCUGGAACAGACAGAAGAUCCAUCUCCACCCACCCACCUCCAGGGCUUGGGCCCCUCUGGAGAAUCCCCAUGAAGAACCAGGAUGGGGCCUGGAGUCUGGCUAGUCUUUCUUCUCCUACCCACCCUUUUGGGCCCCUCUUCCAGAGUGGUUGCCUCCAGUCAACCCAUGUGCAAUAGGAAGCUCAGCUUCCCUCCCCAGGGGCGCUUUGGGGUGGGGGUGAUGUGAAGGGGCAGUUCAGUCCCCUCAGAGGGCAGGCAGGGACAGUUGUGUACGUUUCUUCAUCCCAGAAAAGAAUUGUCCCCAGACCCUGGCUGCCCAGUCUCUUGGUCAUCGUUUGGCCUCUCUCUUUUUACACUCAUCUUGAGUAGGGUGGACUUUGCUCCAGUGAUGAGAUGGUCUCAGUUGUGCCCCACGGCUCUAAAUGCCACAUUCCCCUGCCCCCUUGGUUGCCUCUCAUGCCGGGUGCCCCUUACCCAUACUACCCUUCACAGCCGGAACUUCUCACACAGAUUUUCCAAGUCUCUUGGCUGGGCUUUGUGAAAUGCUCUCCCUCUCCUCUUAUGUGCCUCCCCUCCAUCCCAUGGUAAUUUUCUACGCUUUAUGUGAUAUGCUGAUAACUGAGCUGACCUCACUUUGGGCAGGGGGGAUCUUUUUUUUUUUUAAUAGAAGGAGGAAGCUGAGAUUUCCCCUAGAGUCAGGAGGCACUGGUACAGGAAGCUUGUCUGAUGAAAAUCAUGCUGGGGUUUGGGGAUGGUGAGUCUUGUAAACAAAGAAGAGCCCCAUUAAGGUGAGAUUUUUGUUGUUUCUGAAGGUCAGGAGCAGUCCUGGUGCCCUUUUCCAUUUGGCUUGUUCUAGCCAGUUCUUGAUUCAGGGCUAGUCUGGUGCCCAGUCUCUCAGUCUUCUGUGGAGGUGGUUCUUCCUGCCAGAUGUGGAUAAGUCUUGAACCCGUACAGCUUCUUCUGUGCCCCCUGGAGAGGGAUACUUUUUGAGAGAAGGCACUUUGGAAGAAGCUACACCAAGGAGUAGGACAGAGAUAUAUAGUCGCCCCCAGGUACCCUCCUUUCUUGAAGACGGAGUGGUGUUUCCAUUAGGUUCUUGCCCUUUGUGGCAAAACAUUAAAUCCUGGGAUAUUGCCAGUAACCUGACUUCUCUGGCUGGGAAGUGUCAUCCUUCCUUCAUUCAUGCAGUGCAUCCUCUGUACCUUGUCCUCCAUCACACACCCCAUACACUGGCAGAAAGUUUUUUAAAAAGCCACCCUCAGUGAGGGUUUUGCUCCUUGGGCUGUUCUGGUCUGAGAGGAAGCUGCUGAGAUCUUUCUUUGCACAAGGGUGCCGUCCCAACACUUUCCCUUCCCGUGGUCCUGUAUAACAUUUCGAAGACACACCAAUAAAAAAUGAUUAAGCCUGCUCUUUGGAACCCCUCUGCAUGUUUCCUUUAAAUAAAUGAAUAAAGGGUGGUUUGAAGAGAGGUAAUACCAGGAGUGCUAAAUGUGCAGGUUUGAAAUGGGACUGAAUUUGUGGCCACCAGUGGCCAAGGAGUUUGUGGUCCAAGGUGACCAACCUUUUGCUCCUGUUCCAGCUCUGGCGAAUCUGGAGACACAUUGCGGGAUUAGUGGUAGCAGCAGAGCCUCAGAGGGUGGAAUGGGCAGAAUCCUUUCACAUGAUAGAACCAUUCCUGUAUACUUUAAAAUGUACACACAGCCCUCUUCCCUGUACAAACUCACACAAACAUGAGACAAUUAGGCUAGGAUCUCUGCUGCUGCUUAAUGAACUGUUUUUUAAAACUUUGGAGGGAUAUUUUGUGUGCGCUCCCCAGUGCAGUAGUCUGCCUAGUGCUCCUUUUGCUAGACCCAAAGACUACAGUCCCAUCAGCAUGGAACAAUUGCACAGUGCUACCCAUCUUUAGAUCUUCCCCCUAAUCCUACAUUAUCCUGCAUCUCCCCAAAAGAGAAUCAGCCUUUGGUAAUAUUUCUCAGUGAGGCGUUCAGCUGAAUCUCUUUUGCCUUUUCCUUGUAGGCUGCUGCCCUUCGGUUCCCUUCCAAACCAUGGCUGUCUUCUUUUUAACAGAUCAAAUAUCCCAAGCUCUCUUUAUCAAUGGAGUUUCUUUUUCGGAGUCUGAAAAAGACUCGAUCUCCUGGAUGGCAUUAACACUGUAAAAUCUCCCUUCUCUUCCACCGCCAGGGGACCACAGAAAUUAUGGAGGAAUUGCUCUGCUCAGUAAAUCUCUGAAUCAUGGAUGUAGCAUAAGCAACAAACACCUACAGUUUGUUGGGGAAAAUAUCUCAUUGGUUAAGCUGGAAAUGAUUUUUUUUAAAGAAACUGACUGCUUUUAGUUAAAUCUUUGAAGAAACAUCUGUCAAAGGUCAACAUUUUCUACCUUGCUCUUAGUAAGCCAGGUUAGGGAAAAAUGACAAUUAAAAAUGCCAUAAAUAUGAAAUGGUAAGGUGAAAUGGUACAAUCUAAGCUAAGAGAACUUUUUUGGGGGGUGGGAACCGAAUGGAGGGUGUUUGCUGUCCUUACUAGAAUGUUCUAAUAUGUCAAGGCAGUUGCUUGUGUUUAACUGUGAACAAAAUAAAAAGCGUAUUGUUUUGCACUA